CGCAGUUCGCAGUAACGCAGUAGAAGUCGAUUCACCUGGAGAAACCCGCGAAGAUGCUAUCAAGAUCCGUGCUGAUCGUAGUAGGCCUACUGAUGCUGAGCUGGCAGUGGACGAUGGCCAUGCCGCCCCUUCCGAAGAACCAACCCAGCGGAGUAUCCAUCAGUCAGCCCGAUAUACCGGGAGCCCCGGAUAUUUUGGUGCAGAGCAUCUUCAACAUCGAUCCAUCGCAGUGUCCCAAGGGGUACAUACGCACGGGUCCACAUCACACGUGUCGUAGGAUAGCCUAGGAAGGCAAGCUCUGAAGAUCGUUUUAAAGUUCAAUGCCAGAACGUGUGUUUUUUAUUGAUACUUAAAUAAAUUAUAUAAAUACUUGCAGUUCUCACAUA